CGCCUCGUGGAAUAAAGGUGGACUAACUCGCUAGUGUACACCUCGAUUCCAGACUGCGUCACUGGUGACGCACUCAGGUACGUAAACAUCAAGAACGAGACGCCGAGGUGUCUAUCUCUUGCACAAUAGUAGAUAAGAGCUAGGAAGAAACAGAUCGAGAACGAAAGAAUGGCACGCGAAGGAGGCCUGAAGCUGCUCGGCUUGACGGUGAGCCCGUUCGUGCUCCGUGUGCGCAUGGCGCUGCAGCUGAAAGGCCUCGGCUACGAGUACAUCGAGCAGGACCUGUUCACCAAGGGCGAGCUCCUCCUCGUGUCCAACCCGGUGCACAAGAAGGUCCCGGUGCUCAUCCAUGACGGCAAGCCCGUCUGUGAGUCGCUGGCCAUCGUGCACUACGUCGACGAGGUCUGGGCAGCCACGGGCCCCUCGAUCCUCCCAGCCGACCCCUACGAGCGCGCCGAUGCUCGCUUCUGGGCCGCCUACGCCGACAGCAAGCUCUUGCCUGCUUGGGUAGGCAUCAUGUGGGCGCCGACGGAGGAGGAGAGGGCGGAGAAGGUCGAGGACACGCUCACCGCCAUCGGCCACCUGGAGGAGGCGUUCGGCAAGUGCUCGAACGGGAAGGCUUUUUUCGCCGGCGACUCCGUCGGGUACCUCGACCUCGUGCUCGGCUCACAGUUGUUCUGGUUCGAGGCGCUGCAGAAGAUGUUCGGCGUGGUGGUCAUUGAAGAGGGCAAGGCUCCGCUCUUGGCCGCGUGGGUGAAGCGGUUUGGACAAACUGAUACAGCGAAGGAGGUGGUGCCAGAUGUUGACACAGCGGUGCAGUACCUGAAGAAGCUUCAGUCUCACCGACCAGGUUCUACAGUUGCCCAGUUGUUGUCGUGACAAAAGUUCUAUGCCAAAGACACUGAACCCCCGUCGGUGAUGAUAUAUGACACUGAACUCCAGUCCUGAAGACAUGGCAAUAUUUUUUGCUUCCAUCA